CUGAGCCUGAUGGCUGUCUCUUAUACACAUCUAGAUGUGUAUAAGAGACAGGAGAGAGAGAGAGAGAGAGAACGAUGGUGGCAGUUGUGGCUGGUAGUCUUAGUGCAUGCAUGCGCUCGGAAGUGUCGUUAGCGGAGCAAUGGGGAACUGCGACGACAUCGCCUGGUCGGGAUCGCGUAUCCGAACAGAAACGUGCCGGCGUCAGCCACGUGUGCUCAUGCUCUCACAGCUCCGUAAAUGGUUCCGCUGUGGCCAUUAGGUGGGAGGCAGGGCAUCUGAUUCAUGGAAAACGAGGACAAAAACUACGAUCAGUGAAGUCGGUAAGGACGAAGACGAAGGCGAUGGCGGCAAUCGGAACGAGGGUAAUGUCGGCGGCGACACGUGGCGCGCCGUCGGAGGGCACUGUUCUUCUGAGCUGUUGCGCUAAGAAAAAGCUGAAAGGCCGCGAAGGAGCGCGGGAGCGGGAGUUGUCUUCCUUGUCGUUUUUUUUCGGAGAAGGGAGAAGUGAGCUUGUGACCGGAGCGGCGGGAAGUGUAGCGGGGAGCAAGAGGCAGGGGCGGAGAGGUGGACGCGCUCGGCGAGCGCGCGCGAUGGCGCUCAGAGAGCUGGUCGGAACUGCACGUGCCUGCGCGGAGGAACAUAACAUGAGGCGGGGGCGCGGGAGCGCGAGCGCAAGCUCGCGCAGCACCCCCGCGGUGGCUGUUGCUGCUGCUGCUGCCGCUGCUGCUGAGUCCAUCGAAAGGAAACCGAGGGAGGGAGAUGAUGAAGGCGGCGUCAACGGAGAUCUUGCUAGCCAGCGAAGAGGAGAGUGCUCGACUGCGGGUGACAGGAUGGAAUGGCGGCCAAGAAGGCGGGCGUUGAUGGGUGCUGUGAUGGCCGGCCUGAUUGGUGCCACGUGGGCAGAUGCGCAGCUCGCGCAAGCCGCCACGCCAGCGUCCGUACCGGGACCGAAGGCACCGUUAUGGUUGCUGGGCGACUCCGGUGCCAACUCCGCGAGCGGCGUCUCGCUUGAGAGCCUUAAUCAGUCCCGCGUGUACGACGCUUCCGCUCUGGGCGAGCCAGGAGCUAUUGGGGAUAAAGCGCGUGUCUGGAAAACGCUCACUUCCGCGCGCGUCAUCUAUCUUGGCGAAUCCGAGCGCUCUCCGGAUCCCGACGAUCGCUUACUGGAGUUGAACAUCACUGCGCAAUUGCGAGAGCUGUGCUCUACUGAGGGGGAGGAGGAAAGACCAAUCACGUUAGUUUUGCAGCGGUUCCAUCGCCCCAUGCAGGAGCAUCUCAACCUCUACAUCUCGGGCAAGCUGUCAGAUGAUGAGCUGAGAGCAGCAGUCAUGCAUUGGCCUGCUGGACGGUGGGAAGAGUGUCUGCCUCUUCUCCACUAUGCCAGAGAAAAUGGUAUCCGCCUUGUUGCAGGAGGAGUUCCUGAUAUGGUUUUACGGAAUGUAGAAGCACACGGCGUGAAGGCACUCAGUGACCGCGACCGGCGCAAGUAUGUGCCACCACUUGGCGGAGGUGGAGUGGUUGUACCAGGAUGGGAGAGGAGUUCCUCUCUCCAAGAGAAGCUGCUGCCAUACAAAGCGAGCUUGCCACGGGGCCCAGGACCGUCGAAGUUUGCCCAAGCGCGGUUGCUUGUGGACCACACAAUGGCCAUGACCAUUGUCGAAGUGCUGGCCGACGCCAAACAGCAGGGCAUAGUUGUGGCGAUCACCGGGGCAUCCCAUGUUCAGUUUGGAGCAAAAGGGAGGGCAAUACCGAUGCGUGUUGCUCAGAAGAUGAAGGGAAUUUCUCAGGUGGUUGUGAUGCUUAACCCUGAAAGGCAGAGGAGCCGUGUAGAGGGAGAGUUACCCGAAGCGGAUUUCCUAUGGUAUUCUGCUGCAAAACAGUGUAAUCGCAAUUGUUUCGACCGCGCGGAGGUUGCUCGCGUGAUGGGAGCAGCAGGCUUUACUAGGGACUCUCUUCCACAGGACUUACAGGCUGGUCUCGAUCAAGGUCUUGUUGCUCCUGACGUGUUGAAGACAUUUUCUGAGCUGGAUCAACACCCUUGGAUCUCGAUGUUUGCCAGACGAUUUCAGGGUUUGAGGGAGAGAUGGCUUGCAGACCCACGAUUCCUACAAAGGCUUGCAAUCGAGGAGGCUAUAUCAAUCAGCACGACACUGGCAGCACAGUAUGAGAAGAGGCGAGAGCGGUUCUGGAGUGAGCUGGAGUAUGUGUUCACUGAUGUCACACGUGGUGCUCUCGUGGAUUUCUUCACUGUAUGGCUUCCAGCGCCAACUCUGUCUUUCCGUUCAGUCAUUGCGCCACCAGCAGAUGCUGGAGGGAAUGGUCUAUUAGGCCUUUCAGCAUUGCUGGGUUCGCUUCCAGAUAAUGCAUUUCAGAGAGGCAGGCCGGGAGAGAACAUCACUGUACUGCAGCGUGUGCUCGCCGUGGUGGUCGGUGGAGGCAAGCUCUUUGGUGUUGGCCUGGUGGCUAGUAUGGGAACGCUCAGCCUCACUAAUGCCUACAUGAAUUUCCGUCAAAAGAUGAAGCCUCAGAAGAAGACCGCUUCCAGACGUUCCCCGCUGUUGAAGACAGGCCUUGUAUAUGCGCUCUUUCUUGCCACGUCAUCGAACCUCAGAUACCAGCAAUGGGUUGAUCUUGCCCGGUUUUUCAAUCUGCAAGCGAAAAAUGAUACCCCACCGCCCGAGUCAGCAGCAUUCCAUCCCUCCGCUGCAAUCAAAGACCUUCCCGCCCUUCAUGAUCCAGAGCAUCAGCAUGGAGCGGAGGAGCCCUCGUCGUCGGCGUUGAUGCCAACAGUAAUUAGGGUGGAUGUGGUUCCGCCUCACACCAUCAUUUCCGACAAUUCGGCAUCGAACAACGUCUCUGCUACUGCUGCGCCUUCUCUCCCUCUUCCAUUACCAUCCGGACUCACGGCCGCGGCGGCAUCAUCGACGACAUCAUCCCCAGAAAGCCCAGAUCAUCACCGGUAAUGGCCAUCAAGGGGCUUUUGAUCUGCUCUAUACACUCGUGAACAUACAUACGAUGCCUUUCAAACUUUUACGGGUUCUAGAUCUCCUGACUCGUCCAGCAACGGAACUGAAUGUGUUCCAGGGACAAGCUGGGACGGAUGGAACGCACUGAAAGUUCCCGAACCCUUUUUUGACAAGGACAAACCUUUUGUGCUGUGGAUACGCAGUAUGUGUACAUAAUGAUAGCCUCGUUCAUGCUUUGCUUAGAAGGAAACAACGGCGCCUUCAGCUGAGCAGAGACGUAUUCGGACUGUGAGCGACGAACACAAUGUCACGCAUUGCCGUCGGCUUUUGCGAACCAAGACGCAUGGGUUCAUUUGGACAAGCAGACAGUUGCGCUCAUGCUUUGAAGUACAGUGUUUGAGUCUGCUGCACAUACAUUAUUAUCUUGUUAUAGCCUUCACGGCAGCUCAAAGGUCAACAAGUGUUCUCUAGCUCCCCAUAUGGGAGGUGUUUGUAGGUCUUCUCCAUCUUGGUUAACAAGGUGUCAGUCUUGGCAUCAUCGCAGGAUUAACUGUUCAACGAAGAAGGGAUCGAGAGGGACUGCGAGUGACAGAGGAUUAGCUUACCUGAGGGGUGGGAGGAGGAAGCAGAGGGAGUAAACGGCUUUCCGUAUGGGAGACGUUGGUAGUUCUUCUCUAUCUUGGUUAAACGACCAGUUCACGCAAGCCUAAGUAGUGGGCUCUUGCCGGUAUACGCAGCAAGAGAGAGCACUUGGCUUCGGGUGUGGGCCUGUAGCCAAAGUGGCAGGCCACUUUGGAAAGGCGCAGUUGCAGGCUCGUGAGCAGUUCACGCAAGC